AUGCCGCCGAAGAAGAAGGCCGCCGCUGCGGCAAAAACAAAGUCAACCAGAACCACCGGACGCGCUGUACCAGACACCAUCACCAACAACCGCGGAAAGGAGAUCGAGACCACUGCAGCUGCUAGACGUGCUACACGUCGUGUCGCUGCGCCUGACUACAACCCCAAGGCCGUCUAUGCGGCUCCCACUACUACGACCACCGCAAACUCCUCGAGAAAGCGUGGCCGACCAGCAGCUGUGCAAGAGGAUGCUCCGGUGAAGCGCGGUCGAGGUCGUCCACCAAAGUCUGCCGCUGCCGCUCCAAAGAAGACUGCUACCAAGACCGCAACCUCCGCCAAAACUGCUGCUGUUUCAGAGCCCGCCAAGAGAGGACGCGGACGUCCACCCAAGGCACCACGCACGGGCCCUGCUAAGAAGGCGCUGAAGACUACAGCAAAGGCGCCCGUUGCAAAGGCGCCAGCCCCGAAGUCUACUGCAGCCACACCGACUGGCAAGAAGCGCGGUCGGCCAUCCAAGGCCGACACCGAAGCUGAGAAGCCACCGAAGAAGCGUGGUCGUCCAUCGAAUGCUUCCAAGGCUGCCGCUGUGCCAGACGACCAGACUGCUCCACCCAAGAAGCGCGGUCGCCCACCAAAGGGAGGUGAGACAACCAAGAUCGAUACCGACGAUACCGCUGCAGCUGAGCAACUAGAGGAGGAGCUUGAAGACACAGCAGUGGACGGAGAGGAGGGUUCUUCCAGUAAGCUCAAAGCACCAGCUGCAACAAAGGGAAAGGGUGCUAAGGGUAAGAAGACCGCAAAUGACAAUGAUGACACCACACAAGACCGCGAGCAGACCGCAUCAGGGGUCAACUACUGGUUAAUGAAGGCUGAGCAAGACGGACAUGACGUGCCGCUUCCCGAUGGCACCGUGUUAAACACCACCUUCACCAUCGAUGAUCUUCGCGCCAAGGCGCAGCCGGAACCAUGGGAUGGUGUUCGUAAUGCAUCAGCAGCAUUGAACAUUCGCAACAUGAAGGCAGGCGAUAUGGCAUUCUUCUACGCUAGCGGCGGCAAGCAAGGCCGUAGGCCUGGCAUCACUGGCAUCAUGGAGGUUGUUACGGAUCCGGAGCCUGACACUACUGCGGGCGAUGCGAACAGCGCAGGAUAUGUGCCCAAGGAAGCGGACCGCAAGAGAUGGGUCCAGGUCCGUGUAGAGUUCCGCAAGAAGUUGUCCAAGCCUGUUCACCUCACCGAGCUUCAGCAAUUCAAGAGCGGUGAGCUCAAGGACUUGCAGGAGUUCAACUUUGCGCGUCUUAGCGUGUCCAAGGUGUCUGAGAAGGAGUGGAACUUCAUCAACAGUCUUAUCGAGGGCUUUGACGACGACGACGAGAACAACGCUGGCAACCUUGAAGACGAGCUUGAAGCUCAAGUCGCCGGUCCCAGUGGUACAACUGUCGUUGAGGAAGACACUACCACUAUCGUUACCGAGCAGCCAAACGGUGACGUCGUCGUUGAGUAA